AUUACGUGGCUGAGGACAACAACCAAAUAACAUCAACUAUAAAAUGAAAUAUUCAAUAAAUUUCGUCCUGUUGUUGUUUAUUCAGUGUGUCAUAUUCGUAAAUGGCUAUUUCAUAACCGUGGACCCUCAUUCCGAGGAAUGUUUCUUCGAUAAAGCCGAAGCAGGAACAAAAUUAGGACUCAUGUUUGAAACGGUAGAAGGUGGUUUUCUCGACAUUGAGGUACGUAUCAGCGGACCGGAUCGAAAAGUUAUAUACCAGGGCGAGAAAGAAUCUUCCGGAAAGUAUACUUUUUCCGCAUAUGAAACCGGCGCAUACCACUAUUGCUUCAGCAACAAAAUGUCUACACUGACUCCAAAGGUGGUAAUGUUUUCAAUGGAAAUCGGAGAAGCACCCAAAGGAACUGUUGGAGCAGUCAACGAAGGAGAAGCCGGGCACAUAAAGCUAGAGGAUAUGAUUCGCGAGCUGUCUGGGACACUAACUAGUAUUAAACACGAGCAAGAUUAUAUGCAUGUACGUGAUCGCAUCCAUCGGUCAAUCAAUGAGAGUACCAAUUCUCGUGUCGUGUUAUGGUCUUUCUUCGAAGCUAUCGUUCUUAUAGUCAUGACUGUAGGCCAAGUGUAUUAUCUCAAGCGAUUCUUUGAAGUGAAACGAGUGGUUUAAAAAGCCCAGGAAAUAAAACUCGAAA